UCUGAUUUGUUCUCUUUAUUAUUUAGAAGCUCGUCCUCCUUCAGUUCAGCUGUAAAUACUGGAAUAUUCCCAUCAGUCUACAAGUGAAGACGAGCAUCAGACCAUCAGGAAGAAGAGAAACCUGCAAAGACAGAGUUUAUUGAAGGACAGUGAGAAGAUGAGUGAUCCAGAACCCUGCAGAAUUAAACAGGAAGAGACUGAAGAACUCAUAGAUGUGAAGGAGGAGAGUGAAGAGCUGAAUGAAGAUGAGGAGAAACAUCAGGUCAAACCUGAAGAAGAAACUCAAUCAGAGACUGAAGAUAGUAUUUUAAUGGAAACAACAGCUGUUAAAGAUUUCACCUGCACUCAGUGUGGAAAGAGUUUCAAGGACAAAUUCCAUCUCAAGCGUCACAUGAUGAUCCACACUGGAGAGAAACCUCACAAGUGUUCACACUGCGACAAGAGAUUUCGGGAUUUAGUAUCCCUGAAAACACACAAGAGGAUCCACACUGGAGAGAAACCGUAUCACUGCACUGCUUGUGGGAUGAGUUUCAGACAUAAAUCUUCUCUAAGAACACACACACAAAUCUUUCACAACCUGAUGGUGGAGGAGGAAGAAAGUGUCAAUGGUCAAUAUUCAUGCUCUUGGUGUGGAAAGAGUUUUACUCAACAAUCCAGUUUAUGGACACAUCAGAAGACUCACACUGGAGAGAAAACAUACACAUGUUAUCAGUGCGGCAAAUUAUUUGUUAAGCAUUCAGAUUUGCUGGUCCAUCUUAUAGUUCAUACAAACAAGAAGCUGUAUUCCUGCGCCGAGUGUGGAAAGAGUUUUGCCCAUCAGACAUAUUUAGGAAAACAUCAGAAGAUCCACAGUGGUGUGAGAGAGUUUGCGUGCUUUGAGUGUGGGAAGAGUUUUAUUAGAGCUGGAAGCUUGAAACAACACCUGGUAAUUCACACUGGAGAGAAACCGUACAGGUGUUCACACUGUGAGAAGACAUUUGGGUUGCCUGAAUACCUGAAGAGACAUGAGAGGAUUCACACUGGGGAGAAAUCAUACAAAUGUUCACACUGCAACAAGACAUUUUGUUGGUCAGAAAGCCUGAGAAAACACGAGAGGAUCCACACUGGAGAGAAACCGUACACAUGUACUCAGUGUGGGAAGAGUUUCACACAAUCAUCAACCCUUAAUAAACACAUGAAGAUCCACACUGGAGAAUUUGAUGAUGUGAUUGAGGAGGGUGAAGAACUGAGUGAAGAUCAGGAGAAACAUCAUGUCAAAAGUGAAGAAGAAACUCAAUCAGAGACUGAACAAAGUAUUUUAAUGGAAAGAACUGCUGUUAAAGAUUUGACCUGCACUCAGUGUGAAAAGAGUUUCAGGGACAAACGCAUUCUCAGGCAUCACAUGAUGGUCCACACUGGAGAGAAACCUUACAAGUGUUCACACUGCACUAAGAGAUUCAGAUAUCCAGGACACCUGAAAUCACACGAGAGGAUUCACACUGGAGAGAAACCUUUCAAGUGUUCGCACUGCGACAAGAGAUUCCGACAAUCAGGACAAGUGAAGUCACACGAGAGGAUCCACACUGGAGAGAAACCAUACAAGUGUUCACACUGCGACAAGAGAUUCCGACAUUUAAGACACCUGAAAUCACACGAGAGGAUUCACACUGGAGAGAAACCAUAUUACUGCACUGAUUGUGGGAUGAGUUUCAGACAUAGAGCUUCUCUAAAAAUACACACACGAAACUUUCACAUUUCAGACCUGAUGGUGAAGAUGAAUGUAGAUAGCGUCAAUUAUCAACAUUCAUGCUACUGCUGUGGAAAGAGUUUUAUGCAUCAGUCAAGUUUAUGGAAACAUCAGAGGACUCACACCGGAGAGAAACCGUACACAUGCACUCAGUGUGGGACGAGUGUUGGAAAACUAUCACAUCUUAAUCAACACAUGAAGAUCCACACUGGAGUGAAACCACACAAGUGUGAUCAGUGCGGCAGAUCGUUUUUUAGACCUUCAGAUCUGAAGAAACAUCUCAUAAUUCAUACAAACAAGAAGCCUCAUUCAUGUUCUGAGUGUGGAAAGAGUUUCGCACAUCAUUCAUAUUUAAAAAAACAUCAGAAGAUGCACGCCAGUGUGAGAGAGUUUGUGUUUGUGUGCUUUGAGUGUGGGAAGAGUUUUGUUACACCUGGAAGCCUGAGACGACACCAGAUCACUCACACUGGAGAGAAACCGUACACAUGUACUCAGUGCCGGAAGAGUUUCACACAAGCAUCAACCCUUAAGAAACACAUGAAGAUCCACACUGGAGAGUAAACUAGCUCUGUUUUCAUCCAAAGAUGCAAACAAAAGUGAUUCGCAAACUGGAAUAUCGCAUAAAACAGUGGUCCCCCGACCUUUUUAUUAGCAUUGCGGACAGGGUACAGGCGGACGCUUGACAAUUUUAUCGUGGACCAGGGGGUGUGGUGGUUCGUAGGUUGCUGGGCGAUCAUCGACCAUUUUCUCAGAGGAUGACAAGCUGACAAAACAUUGCUGCAGCUCUGAUACAAGUUUUAGUAUGGAGAAAAUAACAAAGAACUGCACUGUUUGGGUGUUCUGUGUUUGUCUGAGAUAAUUAGGCUACCGAAAUUUGUAUAUACCACACAAUGUAUUAAUCUGAUUGGUUAGUUCUUGUCACAUGAUGCGCUCAUGGGAUUUAUUCAUCUAGGCCCGUCCGGAAGGUGCACACCUCAAUUGCUAUGCAAACGACCCCUAAAAAGCUGCUGUCAUUUGCGAUCUCCAGCAGUUGGUCUUCUUGCGCAGACAUGCUGGAUUCACCUGAUUUGUUGAGAAAUGGGUUGCGGAUCCAUACCGUGGCAAGUUGUGAGUCCUUCACUGGGCCUUUUCCCCUUAACAAAGUAACUGUCCAGAGUUAAAUGUGGGCACUCAAUUGACCAAGAUGUUUGUGAGAGAAUACGGUCAUUUUUCAAAAUAAACGAUUGCUCAUUCAUUCAUUUUC